UUUUGGGAAGCGCGCUACAGAAACCGCCACACAGCAAAUCGUUACUUCUCCAUCUCCAUGUUUGAGUUGGGGAUUUUUCGCGAUCAACUUCGAUUCUUCUCCGGUUCCCACUUUCUUUCCUGUUCUGUCGAGAAAUGGAACAAGCGCGAAGUAUGGUGGUGUCGAAAAGAGUUUGGGAAUCCGUAAAGAUGUAUACAGUUCAGUGCGCCAAAUGUUCGAAAUGGAGGCUCAUACCAACAAAAGAAAUGUACGAGGACAUACGAGAAAUGAUUGCAGAACAGCCAUUUAUAUGUGAAACAGCUCGCAAGUGGCGGCCUAAUGUAUCGUGUGAGCACGAAUCUGAUGUGAACCAAGAUAGCAACAUGUGUUGGGCUAUGGACAGACCAAGCAUUCCCCGAACACCUUCUGGCUGGCAACGAAUUAUCCGUGUCAGGGCUGAAGGAGGAACAAAGUUCGCUGAUAUCUAUUAUGUGACACCUGCUAACAAGAGGUUGCGUUCGAGGGUUGAACUCGACAGGUACAUUGCAGAGCAUCCACACGAAGGUAUCAGCGCAUCUCAGUUUUCGUUUCAGCCUCCAAUACCAUUGAGCGGGAACUAUGGUGCUAGGCGUCGCGCCCAUUCACCGUCUUCAAAUGAGAAUGCCGCUCGACUGGAAGUUCAGCCUAUUUCAAACAUUAAUACUUCGAACAAUCAGAUGAACACACGAUGCGGCAACCCUGCAGCCGGCAAGACCAUGUAGAGCGAUGCUUGAGGUGGAAGUCGAGGUACUUAUAAUACUUUGUUAUUUUGUGUUUUCUUGGGUUUGGCAGUCGAAUGGAGGUUGUUCUUGAGAGUGUUCUUGAUCAUACACUAGAAUCUUGUUUUGAAUGAACUAUUUUGUUUGUUUGUGUAUGUGUGUAUAUUUUAUAACGUGGGAAUUCGUAGAAAAUCUCUUAUGAUAAGGU